AGAACUUCGAUUUUGUUUGUGCAUUAUUUUGUUCGAAAAUAUGCAUUUGACUAGUAGCGUUAAAUAUUCUGUAGGAUAUGGAUGAAGGACAUUUUUGCAAGACGCUUCUAAUGCAUGCAUUAUGUCGACAUUCGAGUUUGUUUGAUUAAAUUAAAAUUAAGUGAUUAGCUGUAUUACAUUUAAAAAAAUCACCUUAAUAUUUGUACUAUCAUAAAGGAUGCAGAAAGCAAUCUAUGUGUUUGCCUUCUAACUGUUGCCUACACCCAACUAUAUAUAAAUUCUAGGAGUAUUAUUUUACAAGAAGUUAAUGAAUAAACUGUAUUCAACACAAAAUUUGCAGCAUGCAACAGAUUAAUUUAUAUAUAUUGAUAAACAUGAUAGUAGGCAGCAGACAAAAGCAACAAAACUUCAGUAUUGAAUUUUUAUUGCUUUUGUCAUGCGUAAAUUAUUAUAUUUCAUAUUUUCCUAUUGGUUCGCUUUACCAGUCAUCAAGCUCUUUAGAUUGCUUUCAGGGGAGCAGAUCAGAUGAAACGAUGAGAUCCUUGUAACUUUUGGAUGACCCCUUUUCCACAAAGACGAUCUCCAUCAAUUGUCUCGAGGCUUUAUUCACCUCUUUUUGUGCCACGGGACGUUUUCUAUCUUUUGUUUGUUUUUUGUUUUUUUUCGUCAAGCGUUUCUCCCUCAAUACUGGUUUAUUCUAACUCGCAGCCGUUAAAAUGUAACUAAAAAGUAUCUAACCCAAAGUAAUAUUUGUCUCUAUGGAGCUCAUUAUUUAAUUAAGGAAGAAUAGAAAUUAACUAACCGUCCCAAUUACCUUUGAUAUUAUGCACUUUUAUCUCGCCGUUGACUUGAUAUAUAAUACAUCGGAAAUAUAGGUGUAGCUUAAUGUAUAAUUUUAUCUCGUAUAACUUAAGUAUAUAGUAAAGUUUGUAAAAAUUGCAGCUAGGUGUGCACUUACUCUAUAAUAUACUCCCUUUACUAUGAUUGGCUGAUCAGGUCACGUGGCUACCUAACUUUAUUCAGUUGACAGCAAGUAGGAGGGCUUUAUGGAGAGAGAAAAAAGACAACUCGAGAAAAAUUAGUAUUUUCUACCUUCAGAAAUUAAUGGCCAUGAGUUCGUAUAUGGUGAACUCCAAGUAUGUGGAGCCCAAAUUUCCUCCUUGUGAGGAAUAUUCGCAGAACAGCUAUAUACCUGAUCAAGGCACAGGGUAUUACAAUCCAGCGCAGGACACAGAUUUCCAGCACCCAGGGAUCUAUUCACGGUCAAACUACAGCGAGCAGGCUUUCAGCUGUAACACGGUGCAGGGUUCCACAGUGCAGCCGCGAGGUCAUGUACAGGAGCAAGCCAGUCUUCCUAGUCCAUUCACCGCUCAGACCGAGCAAUGCCCUUCGGUCCAAAUGUCCGGUCCGCGGACCUGCGGGCAGCAACAAAACACAAAGAACCAAAACGGGAUACAAGCCAAGCAACCAGCAAUAGUUUACCCAUGGAUGAAGAAAGUCCACGUUACAACGGUGAAUCCGGAUUACACAGGACCAGAGCCAAAACGGUCCCGGACAGCGUAUACAAGACAGCAGGUUUUGGAACUCGAAAAGGAAUUUCAUUUUAACAGGUAUCUUACUAGGCGGCGUCGUAUUGAGAUCGCCCACACGCUCUGUCUCUCCGAGCGUCAGAUCAAAAUCUGGUUUCAGAACAGAAGAAUGAAAUGGAAAAAAGAUCACAAACUCCCAAACACGAAAGGCAGAUCAUCGUCGGCAUCCAAUCAGCAUUUGCAAAGUGUUCAAAAGGACAACCAGACUGAUAUUACAACUUUAUAAAAAAAAAAUCAGAAAGAGGAGGGAGAGCUUUUACUCUUCAAGUGCACAAUGAACUGUAUAUAACAGACAGUAUUACAUCUGACUCUGCAUGGUUUCCAUACAUGACAUUUCUGGUCGUUGUCAUUUAAAGUAAAACAGAAGCAAACAUGACACAGUCUCCAGGCGCGUGUGUGGACUUUGUACUGAAUUCCUAUGAAGGCGACCAUUGUAACUCUUAAUUGGCACAGAAGAUACAGAGCAUCGUCAGUUGCUUCAAUGAGGUACAGUAGAUCAUUAGAAAAAUACGAUGCCGAUUUUUUAAAAUCUCUUCUUAAAAAUCUAGUACUUUACUGUUGUAAAAUUGCUCAUUCUAAUAUCCUAUGUGUAUUUUACUGAAAUGGCAAGUCUUUUGUGUGCUUUACAGCACGUCUCAGAAAACGGUCGGUGAAUUUAUGUUUAUUUAAAUGAAAGCAGAAAUAUAUGUGAAGCUUUGUGCAUAUGAAAUUGCUAGUGUUAUGUGAAAAAAAGUAAUUAAACUUUUUUAAGAUGACUGGAUGGAUAUAAUUUUAAAUAAUAAAAGUAGCCACAACUACAAAAACUAC